AUGAUCUCCUACGUCAUCGCCCUCGUGGCAUUCCUCAUCUUCUUCUCCGACCCCCUCGUCAACUUCUUCUCGCCGUCGUCAACGCACGGCGGCCGAGGCAGCCGGGGCCGGGUGGUCCGCACGCCCCGGCCGCAAAUGAACGAGUCGUUGCUCGCCAUCGAGUACCCCAACGCGACGGCCCUAUCCUGUCCGCCUGACAACUACUCUGUGCGCCUCUUUUCCAAGGAGCCGCUGGUGUUGUACAUUGAAGGGUUUCUGAGUUUUGAGGAACGGGCGCAUUUACUUGAAAUCAGCCAACCCAUCUUUGAACCCUCAACAAUAACCCACGACGGCGCCGGCGUCCACCGCGACGCCUCGGUCCGCGAGUCCGAAGUCGCGCUGAUCCCCCGCACCGACACCGUCCGCUGCGUCGAGGCACGCGCCCGGGCCCUCCAGGGCUGGCGCGAGGACCUCUGGAUCGAGAGGCUGCGGACGCAGCGGUACGUCGAGGGCGGGCACUAUUCGUACCACUUUGACUGGAGCGCCAACCGCGGGGGGUGGGGCCGGGUGAGCAGCAUGAUGGCGUGGGUCGAUGCGCGCGGCGACGAUGGCGUGCCUGGGGAAGGGACCGGCGAGGGUUUGGCCGGGGGCGGGACGGAGUUUCCGUUGCUUGAGGUCCCCGGGCUGACGGAGGAGGUUUGGUGUCGGUUUCUGGAGUGCGGUGAGAGAGGCGAGAGAGGUGACGGGCUGAAGAAGCAGGAGGAGGAUGGGGAGCAAGGGAAGGGGACUGUCUUCAAGCCUGUUCCGGGCAAUGCCGUUUACUGGGAAAACUUUCGGGCGGAUGGGAGCGGUGCCGGGUAUGAUGAGACGUGGCACGCUGGGCUACCGGUCAAGAAGGGCGUCAAAGUCGGGCUCAAUAUCUGGAGCACUGGAAGGAUAGAGUAA